GGUGGAGUUUAGCGCUUCUCUUUUCUCACCAACUCCCGAGCCGUACACUCCGCCUUUCUGCCCGCGGGGCCGAGCUUCCGUUCCCGGAUUCAAUGAUUAAGAUACACUCCCUGUAUCAAUUAGAUAAAGUUUUAAGGAUUUUUAUAAAAAGUUUAGAACACAAGAACUGCUGUGAACCCGGAUACAGUCAUGACAUCUGAGACGUUCAUGGAGCUCACGGCUCCAGCAGCUGCCUGGACAUAAACCUCCGAGCUCCGACAACAAAGAGGAAAUGUGACUCGUCAGCGCAACAGUUAGUCUGAGUCACGCAGUUUUAGCUACGGGGGAUUAAUAACUUCUGUCUGUGUCUGACGUGUGUUUUCACCGUCGCGUUGACUCACGGACAGACACGUUCAAGCUCAUCUACCGGGACAUCUGUCUGCUGAGCGCUGCAGCUGCCGUUGUGAGCAGCGGGGCCGCGGCCGGGGUUCUCCGGCCCCUUUCAGGUGAAAGGCGUGGCUCUGGGAGGGAGAGCUUUGUUCAGCCUACACCUGACUGAGAGACUCAGUUACCCGAGCGGUCCGGGUUAAGCUGAUAGCUGCUGUUGGCUUAUUAAAAUCCUACUAAAUGGAUCUGUUUAGAAAGACUGGAGCAAAUCUAGGAUCACUCGUACUCUGUGAACCGUAAUGACUUAUAGCACUUAUUUGAGUCUUGACCCCUCGGACGGACGAGAGGAAACUGGGUCAGACUAGUUUUAGUGCUUAUCUGUUUAUUUUAACUGGGAGGUCAUGGCGUUGUCUCAGAUCCAGUGUCUGGAUGACCACCAUGUCAACUGGCGCAUUAGCGAGAGCAAACCGGAGUUUUUCUACAGCGAGGACCAACGACUGGCCCUCGAAGCUCUCAUCACCAAGGGCCGCGAUGCGUUCACGGACUACAUCCAGAAACACGAAGUCCGGGAGUUCCUCUCGGAAAGAGAGCUGGAGCGUGUCACGCGCACCGCGGAGGCGUACCGACCCGGGUACGAACACCACCAGAGGCCAGAGACGCCAGGGCCGGGGAAUUUGACUCCAGGGUCCGGGGAAGAAGCAGAAGACGGGGAUGUGUCUCUCGCAUAUUGGCCAGACCGGUCCGAAGCCUCGGUGGCGGAGUUGGACCUUGGCUGGCCUGAAGCCAUCUCAUACCGAGGGGUCACACGCGUGACCGUGUACACGCAGCCUCCCACUGAGGGUCACACGCACAUCAAGGAGGUGGUUCGCAAGAGCAUUGCAUCAGCCCAGAAGGUGAUAGCUGUGGUGAUGGACGUGUUUACAGAUGUGGAUAUCUUUCGAGACCUUCUGGACGCGUCCUAUAAGCGUAAAAUCCCUGUGUACAUCAUUCUGGAUAUUGCUGCAGUGCCCUGCUUUCUUUCCAUGUGUGGCAGAGCUGAUAUGCACCGGGGGCACCUAAAGAAUCUGCGAGUACGCUGCUGUGGAGGCUUGGAAUUCUUUACACGAUCAGCACAGAAGGUGCGGGGUUCCUUGAACGAGAAGUUUCUCCUUGUGGAUGGAGACAGAGCCAUCUCCGGCUCAUACAGUUUCACCUGGUCCUCGUCCCGUCUGGACCGGAACCUCAUCACCGUCAUCACAGGGCAGGCAGUGGAGACCUUCGACCUGCAGUUCCGGGAUCUCUACCUCAUAUCCCGGGGAGUGUCGCUGAGCAAGGUUUCCUUGAAGGACGAGCCGAUCCCUGACCCACUCCCUCAGGCAGUGCCGGCUCCUGUCCCGGCUUCUGUCGCAAGGAAACUCAUCAAUCCCAAAUAUGCACUGGUCGCAGCGGGAAAUCAUACCAGUCCCACCUCCUCUGACCAGAACUCAAGUAAAAAAGAAUCAAACUCCCAGAAUAUUGCUGGGCUGAAGGUGAUGAAAGGACGUCUUAAGGAAGUUAUGAAAGAGGCGCCGUUACAUCCGGGCUUAGUCAAUCUGGAGAAAGCCAACUUAAUCCCCUAUCUUCCCACCUGGCCAGAGCCAGACCCUCCGAGUGACGUGAUCGGCUUCAUCAAUAUUAGAGAUGAAAAGAGGGCGCAUCAGGUUCACUUACAGAGGUCAGAAAGGUUCGAGGUUAGUCAGGCUAUACGCUUCAGUGCACCACUGACUCAACCAGUGGCAGCUGAGGAAUCCACCUCAAAUCAGGACAAAAAAGAGCUAAAAACGGAAAAACAUGGCAAUCCUAAAGGUCCUACUGCCAUAGUUUCAGCAGAAAACAAGCAAACAGAAUCUCCAGAUUCCCCUCAGCAACCAACCACAACUCCACAACAUAAACCACAACUGCCAAAGUCUCCAACCCAAGCCAAAGUUGCUGCUGAUUCGCAACCUACACACAGUGCUGAAAAAACUCUAGUUAUGGCACAUGCAGGACCUCCUGUCCCCAAACGCCGCACGCUGCAGUUAGUCAUAGACCCCACCUCGGCAGAGCACCCUGGUGAGGCUCAGGUCACGCUGAUAAAAAUGGAUCAGGUUGAUAAUCUGCAUACAGAGCACGCUCACAAGGAGCUGGUGCCCAACCGCAGCCAGUUAACUUCAAAGAACAAUGGUAGAGACUCGGGCAGCAAUGAAGAGGGGAGCCAAGACAGCACUAAGGUCAUAUGUGACCAAGCAGUCAACGAAGACCCCUCAAGCGUAUCAACGGCAUCAGAGGAGGAGUUCUAUGACUGUCCUCAACAGGAGGCCAGUGACCUGCUGAUCAACGGCGGGCAGACUGGAUCCGGCAGAGGACCGUCCCACGGAGACGGACUCAACAUGAUGGCUCGCUUCUCUCAGAGCAUGCUGGACCUGAGGGAACCCCACCAAUCGGAGGGAGGCGCUUCCCUCAUUUGUCAGUCCCAGCAACUACCCAGACUGCAACAUGCUUCCCCACACCGUCACCUUGGACAGACCUCAAGGUCUCCAGCUCGUGAUGCGAGGAUCAGGGGACCCAAAGUAAUCCUUGCAAAACCAGGAAGUUUCCACCGCCCUCCUCGGACCGCUGGGCUCGUGAUCGGAGGACACCGUUACUGGCAGGGGCAGUUGGUGCCGCCCGACUUGGGCCAGCUGCAGGUGAAGCCCCGCUCUGGGAGGUCACCACGGAGACACAGCCCCGGAAACAGGAAGACAUCGCUGCAGCCAACAGCUGACCAGAUGGGGUUGUUUGGAGUGUCUCUGUCAAAACUCAGUUCCUUUAGAAAUUUGAAAGGGCGAGCAGGAACCUCUCAGAAAAAAGCGUCUCAGACCAAUAAGGCUGCUAGGUAGAGCAGUGACUCAGAACAGACGAGAGUUUGCUGACAAAACUUCCAGUUUAGAAACUCAAAACUUCAGGCUGGACUCGUCGCUGUCAUCUCCAUUUUAAGACCUACAAUGUAACGCAGUCCAGGCCUGUCGCGAUAAACAAAUCAAUUAGAUAAAAUGAGCUCAAUAAUAAAGUGAGGGCAGUACUAUUGCUUGUUUGUUUUCGUUUUCUCUCUUUCUACCUGAGACUGGAUGAGACUCGUUUCCUUGGUAACAGCUAAACACACAGGGAGCUAAAAGCCUCAGUUUUCCUCCAUUCAGGCUGAACCCAACACAAGGGACAGAUGGUGAAAAUGACCAUUUUCAACUUUGUUGUGUUGCUGCUAGCCUGCGUGUGGUGACAGGUCUGUUUGAAAGGUCUUACAGUUCCAGUGUUAAAUGGUCUUUUGAAAUUAGUUUAUUGACCCCUUAGAGGAUGUAUUUGCAUUGUUAGACAAUUUUUAUGCUAUUAGUUAACAAUGGUCUCAAAAUAACAAUAUUAUAGUUUAUCACAAUAAUUUCUGAAACAAUCACCCAGCAAAAUGUGUUAUUGUGACAAGAACCAUUUAUGGUAAGAAUACAUGUCUGUGAGGAAGAAUCUCGGGUCGUGGCAAAUCAGUUCAUAUGUGUCAACAGAAAUGCAAAUGUACCACAGAUAAUUUGUUUUGACCAAAAGACUGAAAUGUUUUCUCCAUGUGGUACUACAUCCAGUGAGCUCCAGCCUUCUUCUCUGCCUAACCAGGCACUUCAGUUCCCCCCCAUAGCAUGUUGAGCCUGGACUUAUCUGUUGCUUUUCUUUUUCCUUAUGAGUUUGUUCAUAUCCAACAUGAACAGAUGAAAUGUGUACUUCUGGAAACAAAUCAGCCUUUAGCAUUGACAGCACUAUGAUUGGUUACACAAGGUUAUGUUAAUUACUUUUACAUAUUUGACAAAGGUUGUUGAUAACCUAUGCAAAUGUAGAUGUAAUGUCAAGUACUGUUACGGGACCAAAAAUUAAUGUUUUAAAUAAAAGGAGAGACUGUUGA